GGUAGGGGAUCCGCAGCAGCAAGCAUGGCCACGGCUGCCUCUAAUCCCUACAGCAUUCUCAGCUCCAGCUCCCUGGUCCAUGCAGACUCUGCGGUCAUGCAGCAAGGGAGCCCUUUCAGGAAUCCGCAAAAACUACUCCAAAGUGACUACCUGCAGGGAGUUCCCUGCAACGGGCAUCCUCUCGGGCACCACUGGGUGACCAGUCUAAGUGAUGCCAAUCCCUGGUCUAGCAGCCUAGCCAGCAGCCCAUUGGACCAACAGGAUAUUAAGCCUGGCAGAGAGGACCUUCAGCUAGGGGCCAUCAUCCACCACAGGUCACCCCAUGUCAACCAUCACUCGCCCCAUACCAAUCACCCAAACGCCUGGGGGGCCAGUCCGGCUCACAACUCCUCACUAACCUCCAGUGGGCAACCUAUCAAUAUCUACUCCCAGCCCAGCUUUACUGUCAGUGGCAUGUUGGACCAUGGGGAGCUGACACCACCCCUGCCAGCAGGCACCACGCAGAGCCUGCACCCUGUGCUAAGGGAACCCAACGACCACGUGGACCUGGGCUCCCAUCACUGCCAGGACCACUCGGACGAGGAGACCCCAACAUCAGAUGAGCUGGAACAGUUUGCUAAGCAGUUCAAACAAAGGCGGAUCAAGCUGGGCUUCACCCAGGCAGAUGUUGGCUUGGCACUGGGGACCCUCUAUGGCAAUGUUUUCUCCCAAACCACCAUCUGCAGGUUUGAAGCCUUGCAGCUCAGUUUUAAGAACAUGUGCAAACUUAAACCUCUUCUAAACAAGUGGCUGGAAGAGGCAGACUCUUCCACAGGUAACCCUACUAGCAUUGAUAAAAUAGCAGCCCAGGGUAGGAAAAGGAAGAAGAGGACCUCUAUUGAGGUGAGUGUCAAAGGAGUGUUGGAAACCCAUUUCCUCAAGUGUCCCAAACCCGCAGCUCUGGAGAUUACCUCCUUGGCAGACAGCCUGCAACUAGAGAAAGAAGUGGUCCGGGUCUGGUUUUGUAACAGAAGGCAAAAAGAGAAAAGAAUGACUCCUCCAGGAGACCCUCAGCAACACGAAGUCUACUCUCACAGUGUGAAAACAGACACCUCCUGCAAUGAGCUAUGACUGAGCCAGGGCUCACACAAAUCAGGACUGAAGGAGACUGGAUUUUUAAAGGGUUUCUAACUUAUAUUUUGGCGGAACUAAAUACAAAAUGUGACUUAGGAGCUAAACGUUCAAACAAAAAAAAAAAUAUCCUGGGCAAUAUAUAACUGACAAUACAUGCUGUUUACUCUAAACAAGGUUCGUUCUUUUUGGUGCCCUACCAGAAAGGAGACAUGCGUGCCUCUGAUUAACCUCCCAGCGCCUUGGUUCCAUCAGCUAAAUUUCAGGUGAUUUUGUUUCACAAUAGAGUAGAUUUAUUUGCAUAUGGAGAUUAUCUGGGAUUUUUUUUUUAAUGUCUAAGGUGUUUUACUACAACCUGUACACAAUAUUUGUGACAAAAAUACUUUGUGUUUCUCCAGUCAGCCCCUAUGGAUAAUCAUCCUAUCUUCAUUUCAUUUCCUUUUAUUUUUUUUGCAGUGUUAGAAGGUGUACACGGAUAUAUCUGUAACUAGUAACCAGAGCCAUGGAGCAUAUCCUCAUUAUAUUCAUAUAAAUCCUUAUUUAACCAACUGGUGGAUAUAAUUAUUUCUGCAUGCCAUUUAUUAGACCGUUACUUUAAGACUUGGUUUUCCAGUCUUACCACAUAACAUUAUGCAUUUAUAUAUGUCUUUUUUUUUUUCCUCUUGCUUUUUCCUCUGCUUUUAAGCUUUUGAUAAACUGGCACUUUCCAAAAAAACAAAAACAAAAAAGGAUAGACAAUAGACAAAGAAACAUGCAGAUGGCAACAGCAUAGAAGUAGCUGUUACAUGAUGGCAAGUGAUAAUGGGGUGUGUUCUUACCUGCUUAGGGUUAGUAGGGCUUAGGGAUGGUGGAAGGUACUGUAUGUAGUAAAACACCAGUGUAUAUGGUAAAUCAGUCGCCACUUUGAGGUUUGGCAGAUGUGCUCACUUCAUCAUCAGUCUGUAGGUUGGAGACAUCCAUUUCAUUUUCUGUGCAUUGUGUUCACUGUGAGCAGCCAGAGGGAAUAUAAACUGAGCCUGACUGAUGUUGUGUCGGUCCCUUGGUGAGCGACAACUGUGAGAUAAAGGCUUGCACUUCACAGGUCAGAGAUUUGCACUAAGCAUAUACACUAUUUCUAUCAUAAUAAUAACUCCUGUACUUGUAGUGCAGACACUUAUAUUUUUUGUUGUUGUCAGCCAGCAUAUUUAUUAUUAGAUCUCUUGCCCUAUGGAGUCUCUUGCAAAGUAUCAUACAUUUUUAUUCUAUGGAAUAGAAAUCCUAUGUGUAAUGAGGCCUAAGGUUUACUCCAGGGCAGAGCUAUUACCUAAAUACAGACACAAAAAUCCUGUAUAGAAAAUAAUAACACCAGGGCUUUCAGUGCUACUUAUGUCAAUCAGGUAGACACAUUUCUACGUGUUUACAUACAUACAUACAUAUAUAGAGAUAUAGAUAUAUACAUAUACACACUAUCACACGGCCUUCCAUAUCUACGGCUCCUGUUUAAAAGUUAAGGUCCAAGGCCACCUUUCCAUGCUCUGGUCCUGCAUUCCCAGAAAGCAGAAUGCACUUCCAUCUCAUCCCACAAUUUCUUUACCUUUCCAUAUUCUUGUCUUCUCUCUUUGGAGCUAUAUGUCAGCCCCAUCAAUCAAAAAAAAAAAAAAAGAUUUCUGCCAACUUUCUAAGUGUACAGUUUUGUAUUAUAAACCUUUUGGAAGUUAUUAAUUUAAAAAAAA